AUGUCUAACGAUGAGUUAUUGCCAAAUAUCAAUUGCAUAGAUAAACAUGGAGUUUUGUCAUAUUCAGUACCAGAUGAUUUAUUAAUAAGCAUGAUAAAAUGGAGCAGCUUAUUCAAUGUGACCCUAUGUGGAGGGUACGUUUUUACGGACUUUACAAUAAGACCUUUGGGUGAUAAUAAAUUGGAUAUUUCAUUAAAAUGCAAGAAUGUUAUUGAAGAAAAUAUAGAAUCUAUAAUAAAAUCCUAUAAAAUUAUUUUUCCAAGAGAUUAUUCCUUUCCCCAAUGGAUUAAAAAUACACACUCCCGAGUUGACCAAUUAAUUACGUUUAAGACUGUGAAUAUAAAUUUGUCAAAUGACCGAUUUAUGGAUCAUUUUAACGUUAUACCAUAUAUGUAUUUUCUAGGAAUAGAUAUAUCGAUUAAUGAUCCUGGAAAGAUAUUAUCCAAUGUAUUUUGGACUAUCCCAAGCGAUUGUUUUAUUAGACAUUACUUCACCAGACGUAUAGCGUUAACUCCACAUGGAGAUUAUACUAUAAAAGUGUUUGCACAAUACUUUGAUGAGGAUGAAAUUAGACAUGUUUGCUCAUUUAGAGUUCCUACACGAAUAUCAGUUGUAGAAUGGUUUAAAAGGAUUGUUUUUUUGUAUUCACGUACGAAUUCCAACCUAAAUAUUCAUAAUAUUGAUAUAGACUUAGGAACUGAUGAUUUUUUGGAAAAAUUUGAAAUUAUCCCAUUCAAUAACGAACUACAUAUCUUCUUUAGAAACGAUGCGUUGCACAAUCAAUUAAUUGGAUCUGUCAGAUGGGGCAACUUAUUUAGUAAAAUAUUUCAAAGAAAUGAUGUUAUAUCAAGUAUUGAUUUAAUUCCACUAGGGGAUAAUAGAAUCAAGAUACAUUUUGUGCAUUUACGUGGUACAAAUAGGAAAAGUAAGGGUCACACUAUACAAUUACCACCUGAUUACGAAUUUCCGAAAUGGUUAGCUGAGGAUAACAAAUCAUUUUUAAAAAGGGUACAAUCUGAAGUGUUAUUUUUUGAUAUGUCUAAUGACGUGUUACCAAAACAAUUUGGUGUUAUACAUGGAUUUAAUACAAUUGAAUUGUUUAUAAAACAAGAGUUUUACGACAAAACAGCACUUCAUAUUGUUAGAUGGGGGAAUCAAAUGUUUUUUAAUUUGAAUAUAGAGAAUAUUAUAAGCAAAAUCAUACUAACUGCGUCGGGUGAUAAUAGGAUGGACGUAGGAGUGCUUUAUAUGGAAAACAAGAAAAGUGAUCAGAUCUCUAGGAAAUUGUCGACUGUAAUAGUCGAUGAAUCUAAAAUCCCCACAUGGUUAAAAGAAAGAAUUGAAUUUACAGAGGCACUCUUAAAAUCUGAAACGAAAUUGUAUAUAGAUCUCUCUAACGAUGAACUGAAUGAAGAGCUAGAGAUUAAAUUGUUGAAUCCUUCUGAGGUAGCAAUUACUGUAUCAUUAGCAUUCAUGGAUUGUUGUACAAUAAAAUCCGUUUCAUGGACUGAUCAACUUUUGUUCGGAUGUAAUGAUAAAUAUACGAUCGUAAAGAUAAUUGUUGAGAUGGUUAACUGUUUUUACAACGUGAAAAUUAUUUACUAUAAUGAUGCUAAUAAGAUCAUGCAACAUGAACGCUACUUUGAGGAUAAAAAUAUUCCAAAAUGGUUUUUAGAUCUUAUUUCCCAAGAGCAACCCUUAAUUACAGACUAA